UGAGCUUGCGCAGCGCGGACCGAGCCAUGGCGGACGGCGGCAACGCUGUGCAGGCCCGCGCGCUCCUGCAGCAGUGCCUGCACGCUCACCUACAAGUGCGCCCAGCCGACGGGGACGCCGCGGCUCAGUGGGUGGAGAUCCAGAGAGGAUUAGUGAUCUAUGUGUGCUUCUUCAAGGGAGCGGACAAAGAACUUCUUCCCAAGAUGGUUAAUACGCUGUUAAACGUGAAAUUAAGUGAAACAGAAAAUGGCAAGCACGUCUCUAUCCUGGAUCUGCCUGGUGACGUUCUUAUCAUCCCUCAAGCCACCCUCGGGGGCAGAGUGAAAGGAAGAAACAUGCAGUACCACUCUAACUCUGGGAAGGAGGAAGGCUUAGAACUGUAUUCCCAGUUCGUGUGUCUGUGUGAAAAAGCCUUAGCCUCCAACAGUAAAUGUGCGGAAGCAGGGGUUGUAGUGGCACAUGGCACUUACGGGAACAGGCAAGUGUUAAAGCUGGACACCAAUGGACCAUACACGCACCUAAUUGAGUUCUGAAAGAUUCGUUUCCACAGCUGCUUCCUGAUAUAAAAGAACCUGGACUCUA